CCUGCAGUCCAAAGUCAGUCUGAGCACCACAGGCCUCCGAACUAUGGCUCUCACCUGCUCCGUGUGACAGGAAGCUGCUCCUCCCCAACGGUCCCACCCUUCUGUGCCCAAGAGAUUCCAGGAAACCACAUUUCCAAGUGAGCUCACGGUGCAAUACGCUGCUCUCCACCCCGGGGAGGGAAGGCGACAGGAGCGGAGAGCUAGGUCACCUGCUUGCCACUGGGAAACGCUGGGUAGUCAAGACCCCUGGAGUUUGGACCUGUCUGGGCGCGCCUGAGGCGGAGCCAGGUGACUUCGCUGAGCUGACAUUCCUGCCUUCCUUUCAUCCUCUGUCCCUUCGCCUCUGUGACAAUGACGUACUUUAAAGUGACUCAGUUUCAGGGCAAGGAAAUUGGAGUGAACAGAGGCAGAAGGCUGUAUGGGCGGGCAGGGGAAGGCACGGUGAUGCCUUCAAGCCGGUCCCUGCGGGGACGCCACCAAGUAGCCUGCCCUGCCUGCACCCGGCCCCUGAAGGAUGCUGUGACCAUAGCCUGUGGACACACUGUCUGCCUGCCCUGCCUCCCACGCCCCGCAAUGGGGGCCCAGCUGCUGUGCCCGCUCUGUCAGGGCAAAGAAGAGGAGCAAAGCCAGGCCGCUGUGGCUCCAGUGCCCCUGGGUCACCUAGGCGAGACCUACUGUGAGGAGCAUGGGGAGAAGAUCUAUUUCUUCUGCAAGACUGACGCGUCGCUGCUCUGCGUGUUCUGCAGGGAGGGCCCCGCCCACCAGGCACACAGUGUGGGCUUCCUGGACGAAGCCAUCCAACCCUAUAGGGAUAAGCUCAGGAGUCGGUUAGAAGCUCUGAGAAUGGAGAGGGACAGGAUGGAAGAUAAGAAAUGUCAAGAGGACCAGAAACUCAAAGAAGUUCUGAUGCAGGUUGAAAGCAGGAAGCAACAGGUGGAAACUGCCUUUGAAAAGCUGAAGCAAGAACUUGGGCAGCAGAGGUGCCUCCUGCUGAGCAGGCUGGGGGAGCUAGAAGAGCAGAUCUGGAAGGAGAGGGAGGAGUACCUCGGGAAGGUCUCCCAGGAGGUCGACCGGCUGGGCGCCCAGGUGGAGGAGCUGGAGGAGAAGUGUCAGCGGCCAGCAAGUGAGCUUCUGCAAGAUGUCAGACUCAACCAGAACAGGUAUGAGAUGAAGACUUCUGUGAGCCCAGAGGCCAUUUCGUCCCGUCUCAUCAGGGAGAUCCGACACCUUCACAGGAAAACGGUUCACCUCCCCACGAUGCUGAGGACGUUUUCAGGAGACAGUAGGUCUCAGUGA